GCCACGAGCGUCAUUACGCCAGUUGCUACCGUUCAACAACACAGGAGGCUGUUGUUAUGAAGAGGAUGAACUGCGCAUGCGCAAGAGCCGGUUUGGGCGCAGGUUGUGGAUUGUGUAGUUGUGGAUAUAACAGGGCAGAGAAAGCGGUGCAGGGCGGUUCCACUAUAAAAACUAGCGGAUCUGCGCAAGUGCACUAAUUCUGCUGGACUUUACUGGUGUUCACACCUGAGGAGAACUUCAGAUCUACAGGAAAACCACAUCUCUACAGAUACAGACAUGAACAGAACCAUCACAGGCGUUCUCAUCCUGGCACUGUGCCUCGCAGCCGGCCACGCCCUGCAGUGCUACAGAUGUGAUCUGGGUCUGGGGUCUCUGUGCAUCACCACCACAACCACAUGCCAGGCUUCAGAGUCGUGCUUCAGUGGAAAAGGAAGUGCAGCCAGUGUGAUUAAGUUUACUCAGAAGGGGUGCGUGGCCACGGCCGACUGCAACAAGACCACCAGCGUUAACGUGCCGGGGAUCAACACUGCUACCCUCUACGAUAUGUAUAAGACCUGCUGCUCCACCGAUCUGUGCAACGCCGCCAUGCCCCUCACCAAUACACUCACACUCACCAUCGGCUCCCUGGUCUCACUCCUCCUCGCCAAGAUGCUAAUGUAAAGAACUCACACACUCACCUCACCAACACACACACUCACACACACACUCACACACUCGUAUCGAUAUCCUCGUGUUUUCUUUAAUUAUUUGAUCCUGUUUAGGCAUACGUGAAUAUUUGGGGGUUUUCUUCCUGUCUACCUUUUUUGUGCUACAAAUGUAAAAUUAAGAGGUUUUUAUUAAUUUUCUGUAUUACGUGGAGACGAAUCACACACACACACACACACACACCACACACACAGUUUUUGGUUUUGUAUUCACCUUGACUUUUGCUUUUUGUAAAAAGAAAUGCACCAAGUCGCGACAGUUCUCAGAUUCUUCUGUAUCUUUAUUCAUUUGUCAUGUGAAAUGUCAGUAAUGAACGAAUCCUCUCCACCCUGCUGUUGUGUUACGUUUUUAUCAACUGCACACACACACACACACACGUGUUUAUCACUGUAUAGUGUUCUAAUUAAACUGGUAUUCUUUCUGGUGAACUGGAAAUGUGUGGGAUUAAAUAAAGUCUCUACUGAAA